UAAUAAAUAGUGCUUUUUGUAAAUAUGUUUUUAUGGACGCAAAUAAUUAGUUUUUAUAUUAUAACACAUUUAUGGACACUUGUACUAAGUUUAACAAUCGGCUAUUUGGUGUACAAAUUGGCAAUGUUUUAUCAUUUAUACUACAGUUUGCCUCCCGGUCCAUUUCCAUUGCCAGUUAUAGGCAAUAUGUUAACUUUUCAAACAAAAACCUUUUGGGAUGACAUUUAUAGACAAUUGUCCGAAAAGUAUGGACCAGUUUUUACUGUAUAUAUGGGUAAUACACCACAAGUAAUGAUUAGCGACGCAGACAUUGCUAGACAAGUGUUUAGUAAAACUGAUUUUGCCGGACGACCGAAAACAUAUUUUGCAACUUUGUUGGCUAAUGAUGUAAUGAUGGAUGAUUACGGUAACAGUUGGGAAGCACUUAGACGUGUAGCUCAUACGGCAGCAAUGAAAUAUUCAAUUAAUGAACGUCUAGUCAAUGUAGCCGUCGAUUGUGUGGACAAAACAGUUGAAUUAAUGUUGAAAAGGGAGGGUCCGGACAAACCUAUUAAACCAGUCGACUAUAUAUAUCUAAUUUUUCUAAACAUAAUGACCAACAGUGCCUUCAAUGAAAGUUACAAUUUUGAUGAUAUUGUGUUUAAAAAAUUCAAAUAUGUAUUGAAAGAUAUAUUUGAAGAAAUGAAUCUAAGAUUAAUGUUAACUGAAUAUAUUAAACCAUUGCAAUGGAUUGACUAUAAGCUGACCAACAAAAUGAGUAAUGCUUACAAUGAAAUGCGAGAUAUUAUUUAUAAUAAGUUUAAACAGCAUUACAUUGAUUACGAUCGUGAAGUUGAACGAGACUUUUGCGAUGCACUUAUUGCGGCCAAAGAUGAUGCGCUCCGGGAGGGCCGAGAGUCGGCACCUUAUCUUACAGAUGAUAAACUAGGUAUGACUGUGUUUGACAUGUUUUUUGCCGGAAUAGAGACAUCGGAAAAAACAUUUCAAUGGAUACUACUAUUGUUGUCGUAUUAUCCACGGAUGCAAAAGAGAUUACGAGAUGAGAUCAUUAGCCAAAUCGGUGACCGUUUACCCCGACAUCAGGACAGACAGCAAUGUCAUUAUGUGAUGGCAUUUAUUGCCGAAACAUUAAGAUUCAGAAACGUAGCGCCAUAUGGUUUACCCCAUCGUUCAGUAAUAACCAGUAAAAUAGGAAACUAUACAAUACCUAAAGGCAUAACUGUAUACACAUAUCAGGGAAUUAUACUGAAAAACAGUAAUGACAAGCACUGGACUAAUGGCGACCACUUUCUACCCGACCGUUUCAUCGACAGUGACGGCCAUUAUAUAACAACACAUUCGCCGGCAUUCAUACCCUUUGGUGUGGGACGUCGUAAAUGUUUGGGAGAAAAGUUGGCCAUCGCUGACCUGUUUCUGGUUUUGGUCCGUUUUAUACAAUUGACACAAAACUAUGACAUUAUUUUGGACAGUCAUAGAGAUUUGAGUGUUGACCCAAAUUCCGGUUAUCUAAUUAAUCCUAAUGAUCAAGAUAUAAGGUCGUCCAAAAUAAUAGCCAGAAUUAUCAUAUAA